AGCUCCCAACCACGUAAUCUGACAGGUCGGAACGAGAGUUGAGGAAAGAAACGCACAGAUAGAUCUCCACACCCAGACAGGAGAGAGAGUUUUUCAGAUUUGUCGCUUUUUUGCAGUUUCUAAUUUGUGGCUCUUUUUUUUUUAAAUUGUUGGUGUCUGUGAAGGGAAGGAGGACAUGGUGGGCUCAACAAAAGCCACCACUGAUCCUCAUCGUCAACAAUAUCAUCACCAACUGAUGGACGGUGACGCCGAUCAUCAUCUUCACCACGCUUCGGAUGAGGACGACCCUUCUUCUUCUGGGGUUUCGUGCUCGAUUUGCCUUGAUACGAUAUCGGAUAAUGGGGGCAGAUCCAGAGCUAAGCUCCAAUGCGGCCAUGAAUUCCAUCUGGAUUGCAUUGGUUCAGCAUUUAAUAUGAAAGGAGCAAUGCAAUGCCCAAAUUGCAGAAAAGUUGAGAAAGGCCAGUGGCUCUAUGCUAAUGGCUCUACUUGUACAUUACAUGAGAUGAGCAUGGAUGACUGGAUUCCUGAUGAGGACUUGUAUGAUUUAAGUUAUUCUGAAAUGCCAUAUAGAGUUCACUGGUGUCCAUUUGGUGACUUGGCACGAGUUGGUUCAUCUUAUGAGGAAGUAGAAUCACCAUCAACCACCUAUCAUGACUUACAGGGACAGCAUCCUGCUGCAUCAUCUGUGGCUCAUUCAUAUGUUGCAUAUGUUGGGCCAACUCCUCCCAACUCAUCAAGAUCUAAUGAUAGCAGCAUUGAUGAUUCCAACUUCAAUCAUCUCUGGAACGGUCCAUCUGGUCGCCAUGAGAUCUUCAGUACACAGGCUGUUCCUGCGAUUAAUAUCCAAUACCAUAGUUGGGGCCGCCGCUCUCCUCCUUUCUCUAUAUCUGGUAGGCACAUAAAUGUUGUUGACCCAGCUUCUGUUCCUCUAAUGUUCAGAUCAUCAUAUGGUGAAUCAGACACAAGGACGAGGUCCACAUCUUUUCCACAUCCAGUUGUGUUUGGCCAUGGGUCUGGUCCUACAGUCGGUAGCUCAUUUGUCUCUGCAAUUAUUCCUCGACAUCCAGGAAGCAGUGCUCAGACCCAUGAAAGGAUCCAGAUUUCCCAUGCUUUCCAUCAUCGUCAACAUUCUAGCAAUUCGCCUGGCAUUCCUCCACCUAUCAUUCAUGGUGUUGGGAGAUUUGAUAGUCCAAGGGGGUUGCGUACACUAGUGCCAGCACCCCGUCAACAUGAUCAUAGUGGUGGCUUUAUGAUCAUUCCUCUAAGUUCAUCGGUCCAGAAUCUACAAGAAACAGAAAAUCCUUUGCCAAAUCAUUUUCAUACAUGGGAAAGGGAGCAUUUACCUCAUCUCCAGCACGCAUCAUUUGAUAGGGACUUAGGUUGGGGAUCAUUUCAUCAGAGUACCGGUGGUCCCACCCCUGGAAACAGGUCCAGUAGCUUUUGGCAUAGGCACUUAUCUUAGAGGAUCUGGUCUUUUGAGUGUGGUGGCAAAAGCUUAUCAAUGAAAUUUAUCCCAUUUAUCGGAAACAUUUAAUUAUUAUGGGGCUCAAAUGACAAGUGGUGUUAUAUACCGCAAUAGAUACUGUUCUCAUUUUUGUAUAUUUGAUCAAAUUUGCAUCACAACUGUGGCUUUCUGAAAGUGUAAAAUUUUCUAAAUCAUGGGGUGAGAUGAUGGAUCUGUUUCAGUUCAUUA